UGUGUGCGCAGUACGUUGAAGGAGAGACGACCGAGAAGAGCGGAGGAGGAGGAGGAGGAGGAUGGGCGCUUGGUACUAGGAUGUUCCAUUCCCGUUCCACACGCUUCGAUCAUGGCAGCAUGAUGACGACGAUCUCCUCCCUCUUUUCCUACCCCCUCUAGUAAAACCUGUGGGGGCCAAACCGCUCUACCUGUACCACCAGGCAGCUAGCAGGCAAGAGUGCAUGCACUCCGCUGUAGUGAUAUAAAGCUGCUGACUUCUUGCGCGCAGCAGCUGCGGCCGGCCGGAGUACAUUACAUUACAAAGCCGGCUAGUUGUGUCGCUUCCUACUUAGUUUGUGAUCAGAGCGCGCGCGAGGGAGCGAAGAGAGAGCCUUGCCCGGCCUCGGAGGAAGUUAAUGGAGGCGAUGGCAGGAGGAGAAGGGAGGAAGCUGCAGGUUGGCAGGGUGCUGGAGGCGGCCAGCCCGGAGAGAGGCCGGCCGGCGUCGGCGGUGACGACGGCGAGGUCGGCGCCGGCGAGGCCGAUGCGGCGGGUGCAGAUCAUCUACUACCUCUGCAGGAACGGCCAGCUCGAGCACCCGCACUUCAUGGAGCUGGCGCAGCACCCUCACCAGCCCCUUCGCCUCAAAGAUGUGAUGGACAGGCUCACGUUGCUGAGGGGCAAAGGCAUGCCGGCUCUCUUCUCAUGGUCCUGCAAGAGGAACUACAAGAAUGGUUACGUGUGGAACGACCUCUCGGAGAGCGAUGUGAUCUACCCGUCGGACGGCGUGGAGUACGUCCUCAAGGGCUCUGAGAUCUUCCCCGGCUGUUCUUCCGUGGAUCGAUUACAGCACCUCCGGCUAACCGACAGGUCUCCGGCGAAGACGCUCGCUCUCCCGCACAGCCACAAGCAGUACGUGGAAAGAUACCGGGAUGACGCCGUAGAAUACCCCGAGGACGACGAGCCGGCGGGGUACCAGCCGUACCACCGACGAGCCGCCGGCGCCGCAGCUCGGCUCGCCCGGCCCGACACCAAGCCGGGCGGCGUCUCGGCGCGCACGACCAACCGUUGCCACCCCGUGGAGCUGCCCGUGGAGGAGACCUCGCCGCCGUCCUCGACCUCGUCGGACAAGCCGCCGGCAGCGGCUCCUGCUAGGCAGCAGGCGAGCCUCUGCGAGGAGCCAAACCGGACCGGCUCGAUGCUGCUGCAGCUCAUCGCGUGCGGCUCGGCGACCGCGGGCUCGGCGGCCAAGUGCGGCCGGGCCGAGCCGAGGCGGAGCUGCGGCCUCGUGAGCCGGCUCUCGUCCCGCGCCGGCGCGGACGAUGACGAGGAGGAGGAAGAGGAGGACGCCGGCGGCGAGCUGAGCCGGCGGUUCGGCCACAUGCGUGUGGAGGAGAAGGAGUACUUCAGCGGCAGCAUUGUCGAGAGUGGCGGCAGGGGCACCCCUCUGCCUGCCUCGUCGCUCAAACGCUCCAACUCGUACAACGAAGAGAGGGGCUCGAGGAUUGGCGGUGGAGCGAUUGGCGAGGAAACAAUGGAUGAGCGCAUGGGAGGGGAGGAUGCGAUCAGGGGAAGGUGCAUUCCGGGCAGGAAGAGGCAGGCGCCACAGCAACAUAAAUAGGCGCCUUGUUUGUCCAGAUACUCAUUAAUCUGUACGAAUCGACGUCUGGUUCUGCUAGCUGGUACUAGUAGUGUUUAGCAUCGAUCUUUGUAUGUUUGUUAUGGUCGUCAUGGGGCCUAGUAUCUAGAGCUUAGCAGUAGUUCGAUGUUGGAUUCAUUUCGUUCAGCAGGCUUAGCACUUGAUUUUGGACCAUAGCUAGCUGUUACUACUACGGAUAGUUAGUUAGGACUCUAUGGACAUGGACUGGUACUCUAGCCGCUCUCGUUCAUUGAUCGAUCCUGCCCAACGUGUAUGUUCUUUUUUCUUC